GCCUGCAAGAGUACCAGCAGCUGCGAAAGACUAAGAGGCUGAAGGUUGGCCGUCCUUUCUCUGUGUUGCCUUUCCCUAACUUAUCAGUGACACUUAGUGAUUGCUCUCAGAAGACUUUGUACAAACAGCAUGGCAAGCUCUCAGGAACUGGCAGAGUGAAAAGCUGCAAAAGCUCAUCGGCCCGCAGAGCAGCUCCAGCAGCAUCUGUGCCUGCAAGACCACCACAUCACCUCCAGCCUCACCACCAAUGUCUGACAAUAUUGCCUACCACUGACACUUGUGAUUGUGAGGACAGACAUAUUGCCACGGCACAGAACCCUGCAGGGAGUGCCAGUGGGGGGAACUGCCCUGGACUGCCUUGUGUGGUCCUCCACCGCAUCCAUCAAAAGUACUGGGAUUGCUGCUCUUGGAACGAGAUGGCGCCCAUACCCCCAGGCCCACAACAUCACCUGCAGUCUUCCCAUCGCUGCAAGCGCCAUCGCUCCGCAGCUUUGCGUGCCAGCGACGUCCGCGGCAGUGAGAAUAGCAGCAUUGCAAAGGCAAAGAUCCCCGGAGUGGGUGCCAGUCAGGUGAACAGUGUCUUCACAGAGAGGGUAACGCCAGGGCCCUCCAGCAUGCAGCCCCGUGUACACCUCCAUCGCAUCUGUCUGGCACAGGAUGGGUGUGAGACCGCACCUCAGGACUGGGAUGAACCCAGACCCCAUGCUCACCAGUUAUGUACUGAGGAACCCACCCCCAUGCAACCCUGUGUACUCCUCCGCCGCAUCUGUCUGGCACAAGACUGGCGUGAGAUAGCAUCUCGGGGCUGGGGUGAGCCCAGACCCCCUGAGGACCAGUCGCAAACUGAGAUGCUCAUGCCCAUGCAACCCCGGGUGCUCCUCCAUCGCCUCUCUCUGGUGCAAGAUCGGUGCAGAACAGCACUCGGGGAUUGGGACGAACCCAGGCCCUGUGAUCACCAGUUGUGCACCGAGGAAGUAACCCCCAUGCAACCCCGUGUAGUCCUCCGCCGUGUCUGCCUGGAUCAGUGCAGGACGGCCCCCAAGGACGGGGAUGAACCCAGACACCGAGAGAACCGGUCUUGCGCUGAAGAGCUAAACCCCAAGCAACCUCGUGUACUCCUCCGUCGCGUCUGUCUGGAUCAGGGUGAAACCGCAUCUGAGGACAGGGAUGAACCCAGACACCCGGGUUCCCAGUCAGGGGCUGAAAACCUAAUCCCCAUGCAACCCCGUGUACUCCUCCGUCGCAUUGGUCUGGCGCAAGUUCAGGAUGAGACCGUGCCUCAGGACCGGGACGAACCCAGACUCUCUGAUCACCAGGCAGGGUCUGAGAAGACCGUCACUGACUCUGAAGAGCUCUCAUCGUCAGCUCACACUGGAGAGGAUGGAGCAGAAUCUGAUGGGGCCAGCCUGGCCAUGGAACAGCCAUUUAGUUCUCCAUCAGCCGACCAGCCACCUGCAGCUUCUCCCCCAGCCCACGCCAAGGAAGCCAAGCCGAGAAGAGGAGGCAUCCAGCGCCACUGGAGACAUAGUUCGUCCCAUUUGCACCUGGCCAAUUUGAAGCUGGACGUCAGACCUUAUAGCCCAUGAGCCUGGCUCACAACACGCAGUGCACCCUCCCACUCCUCGGCCUUGACCUGCAGGAGGUGCACAGUGAGCUGACUGGCCACCAGGUCCAUCUCCGGAAGCAGCAGCCACCUCAAGAGCAUGACCCCCUGUGACCAGGUCCUCUGCGACACUUAGCUGUGGUAGGAAGGUCCUGCACAUCUCUUACUAGGGGUGCUCGCUGCACAUGGGACAUGGGCUGUCUGCCCCCCCCCAUCCCCUGCCCAUUUUAGGUGUUUGUUGUCACCCUUCCCACUGUGUCUGCCAAGGUGGCAUGUGCCCAUUGCAUUUCACCUCUUAUGUUUCCUUCGCUGUCCCUCCCCUUGCCCGUUUGAGCUGACGUCCGUGUCGGGCUCUUUCUCUCUCGCCCACCUUCUUGCAUCCCAAGCUUGUGUGGACUUAGUUUUUAGAAUACAUUUCAUUUAUACAGCCACCGUGUCUCCUGCUGUUUAUUUGGCAUGCCGUGGCACUUGUCUUCUACUGUCCUUCACCCCACAUCGGCCGCUUGAGAGGCAGUUGUUGGAUAUCCCAAUGCAGGCUCAACCUGAUAGAUGAUUAAGAUCCUGCCAAUCUCCUCCUCUGACGCAGCCUUCCUUCUGGGAGAUGAUGGAUGAAAUCCCAAGCUGUGUGACCUCUGAGUCCCCAAGAGCAGACUGCUACUGUCCUGGCUGAGAACCAGCAACUGUAUGCAACAGUAGGACAGUUGGAGGUGAUGGACUGAUGCUUUGGUGUGAAGCAGAAGUUAAAACAGCCCUGGAAAGCAAGAACCAGAUUGGCCUUUUGUCUGCUUAGGUUGAAGGGCGGAGCCUAGCAGAUCAAAAGGCACACGACUGUAAGGUAUUGUGCCUGAUCCUGACCAGGUCUUCUGUUUCCCUUGCAUCUGUGCUUUAAAAAAAAAAAAAAAGAAUAUAUACAACUGAGGAAUUUAUUACAAGAAAUUGGAAUGUCAUGGCAGAUUGCAUUUUAAUGGCUGCUGUAACGGUGCUCCUUCCCUACGAAAUAAGUUGUAGCAUAGGUAAUAGAUAAUUGAUGAAUAAAUAAUGGCUUAUUAGGAUUUAAAAGUAGAUUCAAUUGUAUUAACCAGGAU